AUCAAGCAAGUACCUACCUAUAGGUACCUAAAUCCAAAAUCAAAGAGGGAACAGAGAUAAGAAAAGUUUCUGUAAUUAAAAGACAGUCAUUAAGUAUUCGUCUAUUAUUUUUGUUUCUGGAAAAAGGAUUCUAAUAUACAGUCGCUAUAAAUAUUUUCAAAAAUGGGAAAAUAUACUGGUAGAAAAUGUCGAUUAUUAUCGAUGAUGUGGUUAACAGCAUUUUUCUUUUUUGUUGAAAUUGUUGUCGGUUAUGUUACAAAUUCAAUGGCAUUAGUUGCUGAUAGUUUUCAUAUGUUAGGUGAUAUAGCGGCAUUAGUAAUAUCAUUUUUAUCAGUAAAGAUGUCACCAAAGAAAUGGUCUAAAAACACAUUUGGUUGGGCAAGAGCUGAAGUUUUAGGUGCUCUAGUUAAUGCUGUAUUCUUAGUAGCUUUAUGUUUUAGUAUAACAAUAGAAGCAUGUAAAAGAUUUAUUGAGGAAGAACAAAUUCAUGAACCUGAACUUUUAGUGACGACAGGUGUUGUCGGUCUUAUAGUUAAUAUAAUCGGUAUAGCAUUGCUUUAUGAGCAUGGUGGACAUCAUGGACAUUCACAUGGUUUAACACGCAAUCAUAGUAAAUUAGUUGAAUUAGCAAAUACAGAUGAUAAUGAUUUAGAUAAUGACAACAAUUCAUUUAUUUAUGAAAAACCACAACCAAAGAAAUCUAAUCAUGGACAUUCACAUUCUUCAUCACAAAUGAAUAUGCGUGGAGCAUUUUUACAUGUAUUAAGUGAUGCUUUAGGUAGUAUCAUUGUAAUUAUAAGUGCACUAAUUGUAUGGAAAACAAAUUGGGAAUAUAAAUAUUAUAUGGAUCCAGCUUUAUCAAUUGUUUUAGUAUUAUUAAUCUUACAUUCGGUAUGGCCAUUAUUAAGAGAAUCAGCAUUAAUUUUAUUACAAACAGUUCCAACACAUAUUCAGGUCGAUGCUAUUCAAAGACGAUUAUUAGAAAAAGUUGAUGGAGUAGUUGCAGUUCAUGAAUUUCAUGUUUGGCAAUUAGCUGGUGAUAGAAUUAUUGCUUCAGCACAUAUUAGAUGUCGAAAUUUAUCAGAAUAUAUGAAAAUAGCUGAAAAAGUAAAAGAAUUUUUUCAUAAUGAAGGUAUUCAUUCCACAACAAUACAACCAGAAUUUAUUGAAUUAGAAGGAUUAAAUAUGUCUGAUGGUGUAUCAAGUUUAAAUAUAAGUGGUUCACAAGAUGGUUGUGCACUUGAUUGUCCGAUAACAGAUGAAGGAUGUAUAAAAGCAACAUGCUGCCAAACAAAUAAUAAAAUUAAUCAACUGCCAUCACCUCAAACUACACCAUAUACAGUACGCCAAAGAAAUGCAAGUAAUAAUCGAACAAGUCUUAAUGAUGUUGAAUCUGGCUCUCUUUUGGAAAUAUCAACAGUUGGUAAUUUAGAUAAUAAUUUACAACAAACUGGUACAACAAAUGCACCAUUAGCCGAAGUUGAGGAAUUACAAAAAGUUAAUGUUUGACAACAAAAAUUUAUAAUUAAAAAUAUAAUAAAAAAUAAUAAUAUAAAUUUUGAAUUAUUUCAUAUAUAUAAAAUUAUUUUAAAACAAAAUAUAAUAAUAAUUAUUACCAAAAAUGUUAUUUAUAUUGAAAAUUUCUUAUUAUCAUUAUUAACAAAUAUAAUAUUAUUAUUAUUAUUAUCAAUAUUUGUAAAAAUAAUAUUAAUUUUAAUGCUAUUAAAAAAAAAUUAUAUUAAAUAUAAUAAUUUUAAAAUGAAUACUUUAUUUAAAUUUAAUAGAUGUUUAA